CCGUUUGUUGAGAGAAAAUUCUCUCUCUUUCGAAACAUAUAUGCUUAGCUCCACCAAAUGUUUCGCUUGUUCAUUUUCUGAAUGAAUUGGUUACCCUGAAUUAACAAGUUGCUUUCAAAGCCAGCUUUGCGACAACACGUGUGAAAACUAUUUCAUUUUUUGAUAUGAUUGGAACGAUUCGAAUCAAGACAUCUUUGGUAUUGGCCAUGGCUUUCCUGGUCACGUAUGUACCCGUCUCUCAAGCCCUGAAACCGUCGGAAGCCGAAGUUCUAGACGAUAUUAAUGCUGUUGUGGCUGACCAUGAACACGAACUUCCUCCUGAAAUUCAGGCCAAAAUCCCGCAGAUCCGACGAGAGAUCCGCACCUUGAUGCAAGGAUUAGGAAAGUUCUCGUUCCUGUUCCAAAAGCUGGUUCCAAGGGCGAUGAAGGUCAGAUUUCUCAAGCAACAAAUCGAUAAGUUCGAGGAGGAAAUCGCCAUUUUCCAAACUCUGCCUCAAAGUCGACGCGAGCAAAUGUUGGGUCAGCUUUUGGGGCGGAACGAAGACGCCCGGAAAAUAUUCGAGGACAAUCAUGAUAUCUUUCCCGAGUUGGGAUUCCACGUGAACAGUCAGAACGUGAUCUUCAUCGCCAAGCGAGUGCAGAAACGGAAGCAAAUCCACAAGAGCUAUUCCAAAUGAGAAAAACCUGGUUUUACGGAAUAUAUAAAUUGAGCAAAUGUG